AUGGCCCUGCAGUACGUCAGAAGCAACUCGCGAAGGCUGCUGCUCAUGCCGAGCGCCGCUAUGCCGUCAUUUGUCAGCUCCACGCAUGAUGUGAGAUCAACCCGCUCCAGUGUGGCGAUGCCAGCGAUGGGGCUCACGUUGGUGACGCCGACGCAGCCAGCCAAGCACACCUCCUGCAGGCUCCGCGACUCCGCGAGCCGCGCGACCCCGUCGUCCGUCAGCUCGGUGAAGGCCACGUCAAUCUUUCGCAGCGACGGUGCGACGGGAAGGCCAAGGACCCGCUUGAAGCCGCGGCGAUAG